CCGCUUUCGGGAGGCUCAAGGUCGCUGAGUGGAAAAGCGGUAAUUCUGUACCUUUGCACCAAUGUUAUGUCUUUUUAACGGGCUGUUAUUGAUCAGUUGUUUUCUUCACAUUGAUCACUUAAUGUUGCAAGCCCUUCCAGGUCAUAGCAAUUCAGUAUAUCAUACUUGGUGAUUUUCUAAUGGAUGACCAAAGUAAACCUCAGCUUGAAGACGGGACCGGAGAACAACAUCAGUCAGAUACUUUCGAAAUAGAUGAAGUUGAUUUGCCUAACGUGAACGAUGAAGAAAUAUACCUUGAACACUGCCGAAUCAAAUGUAUCAGUAAACUAAGUCGGUUCCCAAAUGUCCGCUCAUUAUGUCUUCGAAACAACUUACUGAAAAAGUUGGAAAACUUCGAGCCUAUCUCUCAAACCCUUGAAGAUCUGGACGUUUAUGAUAAUCAGAUCACUAAGAUUGAAAAUUUAGAGUGCCUCACAAAACUGACUAAUCUUGAUUUGAGCUUUAAUCGGAUAAGACGUAUCGAAAACUUGGAGAAUCUAAGUAAUCUCCGGAAACUGUAUUUCGUAAACAAUCAUAUCUCAAAAAUAGAGAAUCUGAGCAACUUGCAAGACCUAGAAUUGUUGGAACUUGGUUCAAACAAAAUAGGGAAGUUAGAAAAUUUGGAUGGAUUGAAAAAAUUGACUGAACUUUAUUGUGGUAAAAACAAAAUACCAACAAUGGGAAACUUGGAUAACUUGACUAAUUUAACCAUUCUUAGCAUUCAGGGUAACAGACUCACCAAAAUAGAUGGAUUAACCAGUCUUGUUAAUCUGGAGCAACUAUAUCUGAGCGAGAACGGGAUAACAGAAAUUGAAGGCCUUGAAACAUUAUCAAAGUUACAAAUUUUAGACCUAGCGUACAACUUCAUAUCACAGAUUCAAAACAUGUCGAAUUUGGAAAAUCUAGAAGAAUUUUGGUGCAAUGACAAUAAGAUAUCCGAUUGGGAGCAGCUAGAAAAGUUAAGUGUAUUAAAAAAGCUGCGAACUUUGUAUAUGGAGCGUAAUCCAAUCUAUUUUCUAAGCACAGAUCGUACAAAACAUGAUUCUAAUUACCGACGAAAAAUACUAUUAGCUCUACCGAAUCUUCAACAACUGGAUGCAAAUCUUACAGGGGUUGGGAUCUGAUUACAUCUUUGCUGUAAUUGAUUUCCCAAUUUUUUCCUGCGGCUUCAGAUCUAUUGUUUUUAAGCUUUGCAGGAAAUUGUGACUGAAUUUAAUGUACUUUUUAUACAUGUAUCUGUGUUAUAUAUUAAGAUCUUAAAAUAUGCAACUUACCAAACCAACGUGCUAAUAAAUUUCCUACUUAGCGAUGAUUAAAAACACAACAGUCUCUUAGUGUCUACAUUUAUUCGUCUUUAAAGCAAUGUAUGCCGUUAAAAGAAUGUAUGGGUCGUG